GACACUUUCGUUGCUCCGAGAAAGAUGCAUUUCGGCGGUGGUUCGUCAUUGCUUGCCAUACUUCCACUUCUACUGAUGGCGUGCAGUGCAGCGCCAUCAUGUGAAACUCAAUCCCUCGAGGGUCCGCCGUUCCUACAAGACAUCCGUCAGUACUGCCGCAACGCUACCGGGGACGAGCGUGCGUUCGAUGAACUUAAAGACUACAUAUCGACCGACCUGCCCCGGUGCUUCAUGACCCACGUCAACAUGGAUCACCUGAGGGUGAACACGAGCGGCCUGGAAACCAAGGAUAAGGCAAAACUGAUUGAAAACGUAUGUGAUCAGAUCAACGAGUCUUUCGUGUGUCUAAAGCCGGUGAUGGCCAAAUUGAAGCCCUGCCUGGAUAAAGAGAAUGUCAAAGUCAUGGAGGAGGUGGUUGGCGCCAUCCCGGAAGCGUUGAAUAUGGCCUGCACCAACGGUGGAGCGCUGCUGCAAAAAUUCUCGGAACCCGUCUACCGGGCCUGUGCCAUGGAACUGCCGCCGAUGAUAGAGGAGUGCACAAGCGAACUUCCGGACAGCAUAGAGAACGUUUCCUUCUCUCAGUACACUGAGAAGCAGUGCGAUGAAAUCUACAGUAUGCGCGACUGCUUCUCGAAACGAAUCACCGAAUGCGGGGCCACCGGAUUCAUGGAUUACUUCAUACUGUUCUACCGGAAACUACUCUCCCUGACUCCAUGCAAAUAGUUGCCGACCAGACACAGCCAAAUCAACCCACAUUCCACACGGCCGACGGAAAAAUGGCGGACCUUCACCAUCCCAUUACCAACAAUGCAAUAAAUAUGAUCGACGGAUAUUUAAAUAUCGCUGAUUCACAAAGCAUGUGCAGAUUAUUUCCAUGGCCUACCGGGAACAAGUACAUAAAAAAGUUACAUCGUCGGCAUCGGCGGGAAUACCCCUUUUCCAAAACGAUUACUAAUGUCGUCGCGAUGCAGCACUUAGGAAGACGACGGUUGUUACAUUGAUACACUUUUAAGGAGAGCUCAAGAAUCAACCGCCCCACCGUCGCCACCGAUCGCCACCUUCGUAGGCACGCGCGUUUGCUAUCUAUAGAAUAUGGCCUCCGGUAUGAGUUAUCGGUGGACCGAUAUCUGAUGCGGCAUCAGGUCCGUCCAGAAAGCUGACGAAAGAACACCCGUUCAAAGUUUCGCGCAUUUGUGUGUACCAAGCAAUUAGCAAACAAACAUAAUGUACUCUACGCCGGCAGGGAGGUUGUUUAAAUUCUGCGCAAAACCAAAAAGGGACAACCCACUUCCCGUGGCGCGCCACGGGCCACAUCCGAACCGUCUGCCUCCGUAUGCAGACAAAACUUUUCCAGUACGCAGUAGAGCGUACAUUUAUCAUAAAGCCAAUAAAGCUAUAGCGGCCCGACCCGAUGCUACCGUCGACGAUAA